AAGGCCUCUUAUAACUUUGAUGAGGCCGUCUCACCCCUGUCAGCACUGCUUGCUUCUUUCUUUGUGCUACAAGGAUGCAUUGGGUAAAAUAGUAGGCGAUAACAUCUAAGCCAAUUUGCAGAUCCAUCUUCCUUCUUUUUUGCAGCCGCGAAAUUUCCCUUUGUGGCUGACGCCGUUCCAAAUAUGGAGCAGUGCCUGUGGGAACAAAUGAGAUCUCAGCCUCUGUGGCUGCUUCUACUUGUGGCCUUGGGCUCUUUGAACCUCGCCAAAUCCCUCUACUCUAUUCUCAGCUGGGCUUACGUUAACUUCCUCAGACCCGCCAAGAAUCUCAAGAAAUACGGGUCAUGGGCGUUAGUAACAGGACCCACUGACGGCAUUGGCAAGUCCUUUGCUUUCCAACUAGCUCGUAAAGGGGUCAACUUGGUCCUGGUGGGUCGGAACCCGGAUAAGCUCCGGGAUGUGUCGGACUCCGUCAAGGCUAAAUACGGGCAGACCCAGAUCAAGACAGUGGUGGUUGAUUUCUCUGGUGAUUUGAAUGAAGGUGUUGAGAGGAUUAAGGAGGCGAUUGAAGGUUUGGAUGUUGGCGUUUUGAUUAAUAACGUUGGGCUUUCUUAUCCCUAUGCCAGGUACUUCCAUGAGGUGGAUGAGAAGUUGUUGGGUGAUUUGAUUAAGGUUAAUGUGGAAGGGACCACCAAGGUUACUCAGGCUGUCUUGCCUGGAAUGAUCAAGAGGAAGAGAGGGGCUAUUGUUAAUAUUGGUUCGGGUUCAGCCAUUGUCAUUCCUUCGGAUCCUCUUUACGCUGUCUAUGCUGCCACCAAAGCGUACAUUGAUCAGCUCUCUAGAUGCCUCUAUGUGGAGUACAAGAAGAGCGGAAUUGAUGUGCAGUGUCAGGUACCACUGUACGUGGCAACUAAAAUGGCAUCAAUCAGAAGAUCCUCCUUUUUUGUUCCAUCUAGUGAUGGCUAUGCCCGGGCUGCUUUGCGCUGGAUCGGCUAUGAACCCCGUUGCACACCUCACUGGCCACAUACUCUUCUGUGGGCUUUGGCAUAUUCCUUGCCCGAGUGGAUUGUAGAUGCUUGGCGUCUGCAGUUCUGCCUCAGGAUUCGGAAGAGAGGACAGCUCAAAGACUCGAGGAAGACGGAAUAGAAAAUAUUUCCUUUCCAUCCUAUAUUUUCAAUUGACCAUUGCCUCUCUCGUUCAGGGAUCUGCAGUAAGAUAUGUAGCUAGACGCUAAGAUCAAAUUCUACAUGGUAAAAUGGCUCAUGUUCCAGUGUUUCCUUGUUUGCAUAGAUUGGUUUUGAGCUUGCUCUUUAGAACCCAGUCAUCAGUUGUUUGGGUUAUUUUUCCCACUUAUGAAGAUCCUUCAGAAUUCGGAACUGAAAGUCUGGUGCUAAUGUGUCGUCGUUUUUUA